UUAUCAUUUUUACAAAUGCUUAUUUAUUUUGAUAUUAGUCUUCCGGUGUAAGGAUAUCGUUCUCUUCCGCCGAAAUCGUCAAGAUGACGUCGAAAAGGCGAAAUAACGGACGUAGUAAGAAAGGUCGUGGCCACACCAAGCAUGUCCGCUGUACAAACUGUGCCCGAUGUGUCCCCAAGGAUAAGGCCAUCAAGAAAUUUGUGAUCAGGAAUAUCGUGGAGGCCGCUGCUGUGCGUGACAUCUCCGAUGCCAGCGUAUAUGACGUGUAUGCCCUUCCUAAGCUGUAUGCUAAGCUACUGUACUGUGUGUCCUGUGCCAUCCACUCCAAGGUGGUAAGGAACCGAUCCCGUGAGGCACGCAAAGACAGGACACCCCCGCUCCGCUUCAGGCCCAUGAGGGACGGAAAUGCUCCCAGGCCAGGUGGUGCUGCCGGAGGUGGCGGCGGAGGCAGUGGCGGCGGUGGUGGCGGCGGCGGCGGCGGUGGCGGCGGCGGUGCCCCUGCUGGACCUCGUUAAGCACUGUACAACUUACAAAUAAACACUAGAGAGUGUAA